AUGAAAGCUAGGAGACCCCGUCGCAGCAACAGCAGAGCCGAUGAGCAACUCUCUCCAAGUACCAGAGGUGUCCAGAAUGUGAACGAUAAGUACAACAGACUAGUAGAGGUCAAUAAGGACCUCGCGGAAAGCCUAGUGUCCGGAGACAGAGCCGCCAAGCGGGCCAUCACCAAGCUGGAGACGAAGAUCCUUAAGCUAGAAGGGGAUUUCGAGUGCCUCUCCAAGGAGAACUACUGUCUUGCCAAGGAGAUCAGGGAUCUUAAGGAGAAGAACGAAGCCCUCAAUGAGCAGAACCAAGGCUUCCUUGAGCAACUUGAGGGGCUCUGCGAUCUGAUUCAAAUUCGUCCUAAGAAGAAAUAA